GCGUCGGGGCGGGAGCAGCGCGCCUGGUCGCGGCGACUCGCGCUCCCUCCGGCCGCGGCGGCGCCAUGGGCUCGCGCAGCUCCCACGCCGCGCGCAUUCCCGACGGCGACAGCAUCCGGCGCGAGACGGGCUUCUCUCAGGCCAGUCUGCUCCGCCUCUACCACCGGUUUCGGGCCCUGGACAGGAACAAGAAGGGCUACCUGAGCCGCAUGGAUCUGCAGCAGAUUGGGGCGCUGGCCGUGAACCCCUUGGGAGACCGCAUUAUAGACAGCUUCUUCCCUGAUGGGAGUCUGCAAGUGGAUUUCCCAGGCUUUGUCAGAGUCAUGGCUCAUUUUCGACCUGUAGAUGAUGAGGAUGCAGCACUCCGGGACCCCAAGGAACCUGAACCCCUCAACAGCAGAAUGAACAAACUUCGCUUUGCAUUUCAACUAUAUGACCUGGAUCGAGAUGGAAAGAUCUCCAGGCUCGAGAUGCUACAGGUGCUCCGGCUGAUGGUCGGGGUACAGGUGACAGAAGAGCAGUUGGAGAGCAUCGCCGACCGCACGGUGCAGGAGGCUGAUGAAGAUGGAGAUGGGGCUGUGUCCUUCCUGGAGUUUGCCAAGUCCUUAGAGAAGAUGGACGUCGAGCGGAAAAUGAGCAUCCGGAUCCUGAAGUGACCCCCUUUGUGCCUUUGGCUAGCUUACACAGACCAGUUCUGCUUGGGAUUCAUCCUUAGCCCCGUGGAGGCAUUGCCCCAAUAAACUGUGUUCUUACUUUUACACUGAACUCUGUUUAGGCCCAAGGAGAGAAAGCUGGAAGGGUAUGUACUAAAGUCUAACUCAUCUGAUCUCAGAUCCGUGAAUCAGCCAGAAAUCUUUUGGUUACAAGUGACUGAAAAUCCAAAUCAAAGGGACUUCAGUUAAAAAGGGAUUUUAUGGGUUCAUGUAAUUAAAAAGUCUGGAAGUAUCUUCAGAAUACUGGAAAAGUCUGGAAGUGUCUCAGGUGCAGCUGGAUCCAAGGGCUCAAAUGAUACCAUCAAGACUCAGUUAUUCUCCAUCUCAGCUUUCCUGAGAAUGACACCAACACAAAAGAAAGCUGAGAUUCUCCAACUCCUGGUAUUUUCGGAGUUCAGGGAGUUCAAGGUCCCGUAAAGGCUAUGCACCUUUCAGGCUCUAGAAACAGAAUUGUUCAGGGUGGCAUAUUAACCCCAUUUCAACUUUUGGGAUUUGAUUGCAGUGUGAUUCUGACAGAUGAGCAUCAUAGUUGAGGGGAGGGGGCGAGGGGUAUUUGAUUCCUUAGGGAAUUUGGGGAUUUUUGUCAGGAUUAGCACACAGACAAAGGCUUUCCAAUUGAGGGAUGGUUGUUUUGUCUUUGUCCUCACUUAAAGAUGGGGGUCUGGAUGAAACUCAA